GAAAGAAAUUUCUAAUUUUCAAUCGAAAAUUAUCUUAAAAACAGAAAACAUAAACAAAAAUGAUACAUCUUCAUUAUCAUCAUCAUCACCACUCAAUGAUAAAACUUCUUCAGCGACGGUAAAUGUUUCAUUCACUUUGCCCAAUGAGAAGAAAUUUAACCUAAAUAAUUAUGAUAAUCUAAUGAAAAAUGACAAUGGACAAUCAUCUAAUAAUGGUAAUACAAUAAGCAUUUUUCAAACAAAUCUAAAUGAAAUGGCACCAGAAUCAAUAUCAGAUCAAUAUAAUUAUAUUGAAAAUUAUCGUUUAGAAGAAUUAAAUGAUGCUUGUAAUCAAUUAAAUCAUUGGUAUUAUAAUGGUUCAAUAUUAUAUGAAAUGCGUCAUUUAAAAGAAAUCUAUCGUGUUGCUGAACAUGUAUUUCAACAUUUUAUAUCGAUGGCCAAAAUGAUUACAGCAUUUGCUGAUUUAUGUGAAACUGAUCAGAUAUCAUUGCUCAAAUAUUCAGUUACAGAAAUAUUAAUACUUCGUUCGGUAUCUUGUUUUAUGCCCAAUAAGGAUGCAUGGAUUUUUAAUCUUGAUAACAAUGAAAAAGGUACAAUGUUACAAUUUAAUACUUGUAAAUCGCAGAUACCAGAAUUUAGCGAUGAUAUAAGACAUUUUAUAUUGGCUGUGCCGGAAAAAUGUCGACAAGAUCGUAAUCUAUUUGAUCUGGCAACAAUGGUUGUAUUAUUCAAUCCAAAUUGUUUAGAUCUUAAACAUAAAGAUGUUGUUAAAUUGGAACAUAUUACAUAUUGCCAUUUGCUUUGCAAAUAUAUUCACAAAAAUUAUUCAUCAACAACAACAACAACAUUGACGAUGGAAAAAACUACUGAAGAUGCUGAAAAACAUUCUAUUAUACAAUUCAAUACAAUGUUAAAUUUAAUCGAUCAAUUACAUAAGAUUAAUCAAAAAAUUAAUAAUAAUAUUUUACCAUUCCAUACUAUUAUAAAUGAAGAAUAUGAUAAAAAACAUUUGACUCAGGCAUAAUUCAAUUCGAUUCAUCCAUAUUAAAAAUACAAUACCGC